CCCAUCCGCCCAGAAAACUGUCCCAUCUCAGCAAGCAGCAUCCCUGCAAAUCUGCCACAAGUUCAGCGACCGUCCCUGUGAUGCCACACUUGAAGCCAUUUCCCCAGCAGUGCCUGCCUCUGGGUGCAUGGGCUAAGGCUUGGUUCCUUCUCCAGUGCAGACUGGUGAUCUACGUGUUGCUGGGGCUGGGGUCUCUGAGGGUGGGGGCAUUGUCCCCAUCCUGCCCCCCUACCUGCCAGUGCUAUGACACCUCCAAAGUCUUCUGCUCAAACGAGAGGAUGCGGGAGAUCCCGGAGGGCCUGCCAGGAAGUGCCACCCACCUCUUCUUCGUGGAGACAGCCCUGAGCAGCAUCCACAGCGGGGACUUGGGCUCCAGCACCACGCUCACCAAGCUGGUCUUCAUCAAUAACAACAUCCAGGAGUUGGAGGCUGGUGCCUUUCAGGGGCUGCCCAGCCUCACUGAGCUGGAAGUGUCAGGCAACCCCUUGCCAGCUGUCAGCCUCGGGAUGCUGGCAGGGUUGACCAGCCUCAGCAAGCUCUCCCUCAGUGCCAACGCCAUCCGCACCCUGCAGCCGGGGCUCUUCACUGCCUCUUGCCGCCUGCAGGACCUGAGCUUGUCAGGGAACAGGAUGGAGGCACUGCCCCCUGGCAUCUUCCGCCCACUCCAGCGGCUCCAGGCCCUGGACCUCUCACAGAAUGCUCUGGCUGAGCUGCCAGAGGGGCUGCUGGCCCCACUUGUCGCCCUUCGUGUCCUCAAGCUCAGUGACAACCUGCUGGCACGGGUGCCUCCUGGUGCUUUCAGGGCACUUGGCCAGCUGACGGAGCUGCACCUGGAUGGCAACCGGCUGGAGGAGCUGCCCUCCGGCAUCUUCUCCGGGCUGGGGGCGCUGCGGCGGCUGCAGCUGCAGCACAAUGCCCUGGGCAGCCUGACCCCUGACAUCUUCAUAGAUCUCCUCAACCUCACUGUCCUCAGCCUGGAGGGCAACAACCUGGCCACUGUGCCUGCCAUCCUGCUCACUGGCACCCCUGGCCUCCUCCACCUCUCGCUGGCUCGCAACCAGCUGGAGACACUGCCCCAGGAGCUCUUUGCUAACCUGUCAGUGCUGGAAACCCUGGAGCUCUCACACAAUGCCAUAGAUCACCUGCCCACUGGGGUUUUCCAGGGGCUGGCAGGGCUGACAGAGCUACAGCUGAGCCACAACAACCUCUCCACACUGCCGGCGAGGCUGCUGGCUGGGCUGCCCCUCCUCACCGCCCUGGUGCUGGACCACAACCGCCUGGCCCGCCUGCCCCCGGGGCUCUUCGAUGCCAACGAUGAACUGGUGCGUGUGGGGCUGGCUGACAACCCCUGGGUCUGUGACUGCCACCUCUCCUACCUCCUGCGCUGGCUCCAGAGCUUUGCGGAGCCCCUCAUCCACGGCCAAGCCUUCUGUGCCAAUCCAGCUGCUCUCCAGGGCCAGUCCCUGCUGGAGGUCUCCCGCGGGCAGCUGGAGUGCCCAGGAGCACACGGUGUCCCCCCAGAGGAAGGCUGGGCCACAGAUGCUCCGGGGCAGUGCACCUACACCAACCCCGAGGGCACCGUAAGCGUGGCCUGCAAUGCCACAGCCUGCCAGCAGCUCAGCCUUCGCCUCCCGCCUCCCGGGCAGGAGCGGGGCUUGGGGCCAGCGUACCAGCGUGCCUGGGUGCUGCGCUCCCGCUGUGGCACGCUGCAGGUCAGUGUCCUUGUCACAGCACAGAGCGGGAGCGAGGCCACAUCACCAGGUCUCCCCGCGGUGCCCUAAGGCUUGGGCAGGCGUUUGCUUCUGCUCUGGCAACCUCUGAACCAGCCUGGGAAACAAACAGCCCUCCGUCUCGCUCUGCUACCGCUGCCAUGGUCCCCAGCUGUCACCGAGCUCUCUGCAACAGCUGGCCUGGGGGUAUUUAUCCUCUCAGCUAUGUGUUUCCUGUGUAUUUCAAAUGUAAUUAAAAUUUAUCUAUUAUUUC